UUUAGAUCUGAGGAAAGAGCCACGCGUCUUCCCUUUUCAGCGUUGUUGACUUCCGAAGUCGGGAAGUGAUACAAAACAGCAAAAGAGAGCUUGAAUGUGAUGGAAAACCCCAUCGUGUUUGCUGCUGUGGCUCGGAAAUAAUUGGAAGCCUUCGGAGAUGUCGUCGGGCUGCCCACCCCAGUCCCCAGCCGUGGCUAAGACCGAGGUUGUUUUGAAAGGGAAGUCGCCGCUCUUAGCCGCCACCUUUGCCUACUGGGACAACAUCCUGGGCCCGAGAGUGCGGCACAUCUGGGCGCCGAAGUCAGAGCAGGUGCUUCUCAGCGACGGCGAGAUCACGUUCUUGGCCAACCACACCCUGAACGGGGAGAUCCUGCGGAGCGCCGAGUGCGGAGCCGUGGAUGUGAAGUUCUUUGUGCUGGCGGAGAAGGGGGUCAUCAUCGUGUCCUUGAUCUUCGACGGGGACCUAAAGGGGGACAAGAACACCUGCGCCCUCUCCAUCAUCCUGCCUCAGACCGAGCUGAGCUUUUACCUGCCUCUGCACACGGUUUGCGUGGAGAGACUGAAGCACAUCAUUCGCAAAGGAAGGAUAUGGAUGCAGAAGGGAUACAACAUUAUAUCAGUACUGAACACUGAAAUUAUUCCUAUAAUGGAUCUCCUUUCUUCUAUGAAGACGCACAGUGUUCCAGAGCACAUAGACAUUAAAGACACAGUGCUAAAUGAUGACGACAUUGGAGAUAGCUGCCAUGAAGAUUUUCUUCACAAGGCAAUCAGUUCACACUUGCAGACAUGUGGCUGUUCUAUAGUGGUGGGGAGCAAUCCAGAGAAGGUUAACAAGAUUGUUCGAACCCUUUGUCUUUUCCUCACUCCAGCAGAACGGAAAUGUUCACGGCUCUGUGGGGGAGAAUCAUCCUUCAGAUAUGACACCGGCCUCUUUGUCCAGGGCCUGCUGAAGGAUGCCACAGGUAGUUUUGUGCUGCCCUUUCGCCAGGUUCUUUAUUCUCCGUACCCCACCACGCAUAUCGACGUUGACAUUAACACAGUGAAGCAAAUGCCACCUUGCCACGAGCACAUCUACAACCAGCGCCGCUACAUGAGAUCAGAGCUGUCUGCCCUCUGGAAGGCAGCAUCUGAUGAAGAGAUAACUCCUGAUACCAUCAUACUUGCAGAUGAAACUUUCACUCCUGACUUGAAUAUUUUUCAAGAUGUCAUGCAUAAAGACACACUUGUGAAAUCAUUUUUAGAUCAGGUGUUUCAUCUGAAGCCUGGGCUGUCUCUCAGAAGUACGUUUCUUGCUCAGUUUAUGCUUGUCCUUCACAGGAAAGCACUCACUUUACUAAAAUACAUAGAUGAUGAAACACAAAAGGGGAAGAAGCCAUUUAGGUCUCUUCGAAGCCUGAAGACAGACCUAGAUCUGACAGUCGAAGGAGAUCUCAGCAUCGUGAUGGCGCUGGCUGAGAAGCUGAAGUCUGGUCUACACACGUUUGUAUUUGGAAAGCCUUUCUACACCAGUGUGCAGGAGAGAGAUGUUCUCAUGAGUUUUUAAGACAUAAACAAUUAUGGUAGAUUACUAGGUGUUGUGUAUAUAUAUUGGAUUCCACUGUUAUUAUUUGCUCAGGAGUUUAAAUAAGUUUAUGUUCAGGCCAAGUCAAAAAGAUGUACAUCAUCAACAGUGAUCAAAUUUAAUUUUUGUAAUACCCUUUAUCAAUGGAUCUUUUUGCUGUUAUCUGAAAACAAAAUGUAGAAAAGCUCAUCACAUUUGCCAUAGUCGGUGGGUUCAUCUAGUUUGUAGAGAAAAAAAGUUUGAUUCCUGUAAAGCAUCUGGCAUGUACACUCUGUGUGAACUUACCCUGAUUGUCAGUAUUUCAGAGGAUUAUAUGGAAAAUAAUGUCAAGAGGUUCAACAUAUUCAUCACUUUAAAUUUCAUUUUCUCAAUGGUGUAUCAAAUACUGAAGUUAACAUCUUAGAACAAAUAAUCAUUUGACAUUUAUGGUAGCACAGAAGCAACUUCCAUGUACACUAAAAAAAAAGGUUGUGGAAUAAUGAAUUCUGGGAAGGUUUUUUUUAAUUAAUUUUUAAUAUAACUGUCAGGCAGCACAGUUGUUAGCACUGUUGCCUUGCAGUACUGUGGCCCUGGCUUAAUUUUUUGGGGUUAUCUGCAUGGAGUUUGUAUGUACCCCCCAUGUUUGUGGAGGUUUCCUCUGGGUGCUCUGUGUUUUUGGACUGUGGGAGGAAACCACUGUUCUUCGGACAUACUGGUCUUUGGUAAGUUGUCUUCAGGGAAAAUGGACACUGGUGUGAGUUUGUGCUUGUGCUUGUGUGUCUGUGUGUGUCCUGCAACAGAAUGGCAUCCUCUCCAGGGUGUAUCU